AUGUCCCCCUCACGCACGCUUCCAACCUUCCUGCAGGAUGAGGUCGCGGUUCACAAUACCGCGGAGAGUUGCUAUGUUACGCUGGGUUCCCGUGUCUUUGACAUCACGGACUUCCUGGACAGCCAUCCUGGCGGGGGCGAACUCAUUUUGGAGUAUGGUGGCAAGGAUAUCACCGACAUCUUGAAAGAUCAGGACUCGCAUACUCACUCGGAAGCGGCGUAUGAAGUACUGGCCGACUCUCUGGUCGGAUUCGUCGCAACGCCGAAAGUGAUGGAUGCCGCCGUCGAGAGCCACAGCCCAGAUCAGAUUGUGCCUCUGCCCCCGAUGUAUGACGGAUCGGGCGAAAUAAAACAGAGCAAUGCUCCCGAUAGAAUCCCAGUCUUCAAAGCUACUGGGAUGUCCUCUGCAGAAGACCUAUCAAGAGAGACGGAUGUCAUCGACGAUUACAAGACGCACAAGUUCUUAGAUCUCAACAAGCCCUUGCUGAUGCAAGUAUUCUUUGGGGGCUUCAGCAAGGAUUUCUACCUCGAACAAAUCCAUCGACCACGUCAUUACAAGGGAGGGGAAUCGGCGCCGUUGUUCGGAAACUUUCUCGAGCCCCUUUCAAAGACUGCAUGGUGGGUUGUGCCUACGAUCUGGCUCCCGCCUGUCAUGUAUGGAACGUACGUCGCAUCGAGAGGCUUUCCUACUAUUGCCGCAGAGGCGGUUUAUUGGUUCUUUGGCCUGUUCUUGUGGACCUUGAUAGAAUAUGUUCUGCACAGAUUCCUGUUUCAUCUCGACACAUGGCUCCCCAACCAUCGAGUUGCGCUGACCCUUCACUUCUUGCUACACGGCAUUCAUCAUUACCUUCCUAUGGACAAGCUUAGACUCGUCAUGCCGCCCACGUUGUUCCUGGCUCUUGCUACGCCCUUCUGGAAGCUCGCCCAUGCCAUCUUCUAUUGGGACUGGAAUGUUGCAACGGCGGUUUUUUGCGGUGGGGUCUUCGGAUACAUCUGCUACGACUUGACACAUUACUUCCUUCAUCACCGCAAUCUGCCAUCAUACUGGAGAGGGCUGAAGAGGUACCAUUUGCAACAUCACUUCAUGGAUUACGAGAACGGCUUCGGUGUCACGAGUAGAUUCUGGGACGUCAUAUUCGGUACCCAACUCGCGCCCCCACCAGUCAAGGCUUUGUAG